AUGUUGAAAACUUUAGUAAAUAUUGAAGAAAUCGUCAGUUCAGAAGAAAAUGCCCAGAGAUUUCAGAAAAGUCUCGAUUAUAUUUUGGAAAAUGACUUUUGGUUUAAAGAUUAUGUUGAAACUUAUUUAAAAGAUCAUGACUAUAAUACUACAAAAACCUCUCCAGUUAUUGUAUCUUACGUUUCUGGAUACAUUGCAAGAAAAGCUACCAGAUUUACAAAAUGUGAAACUUGCAUUCGACAAUUAAAAAGUAUUGAGCCUCAGUCUAAAGAUCAAUUAAUUACGUUAAUAAGUAAAGGGUUUUUAAUAUACCCAUCUCAUUCUCUAAUUUAUUUAAUAUCAAUGCUGGAAUCGACUAUCUUAGAGGUGUUAUCAAGAAACCCAGUUCAUCAACAAACUCUUUUUGUAAAUCUUAAAUAA